AUGUCUACCUGUACAAUGACUGGUGAACACGUAAAGGUUAUCUAUUUUAACGGACGCGGACGAGCUGAAUCGAUCCGGAUGACACUUGUGGCAGCUGGUGUGAACUACGAAGAUGAGAGAAUUAGUUUCCAAGAUUGGCCGAAAAUCAAACCAACUAUUCCGGGCGGACGAUUGCCUGCAGUGAAAAUCACCGAUAAUCAUGGGCACGUGAAAUGGAUGGUAGAGAGUUUGGCUAUUGCACGGUAUAUGGCGAAGAAGCAUCAUAUGAUGGGAGAAACAGAAGAGGAGUAUUAUAAUGUUGAGAAGUUGAUUGGUCAGGCUGAAGAUCUAGAACAUGAAUAUUACAAAACUUUGAUGAAGCCAGAAGAAGAGAAACAGAAGAUAGCCAAAGAGAUACUGAACGGCAAAGUACCAGUUCUUCUCGAUGUGCGUUUCUGAAAAGACAUUUUGGUUGCUGGCAAUAUGCAUCGAAACAGAUGUACACCAUUCAUAUGUCGAUUCCUAAACUGCUAACAUUAACGGGCAACCACUCAGUCUUUGUCGCAAGGGUCGAUCAAGAAAUAAGAAAAGGAAACGUGUUGAAUUACUUUGUGCUGAGAAUUCUAUAUUGUACAAAAAUACACAAAUGAAUAAAGCUAGUAUUAAUGCUUACAUAUUCGAAAAAAUUAGUCCCUUUGAUAAAUUUCGAUAAUGAAAUGAAAAGACGAAGUUAACAAGAAUUAUGUGAUAUAUUUGCGCAAUACAUUUCGAACAGUCUAAUCACACAUAUACUUGUUAAGACAUUUUUAUAUGAAAAUUUAAAGGUCAACUAGACUGAUUAAAGUUAAACUGUAACAACGAUAAAAAUUAAUAUUAAAGUACACAAAAACAAUGUGAUUACCAGUCUCGAUAAUAAAUUAGUAUUAACAGAGUAGAUUAAGUGUAAGGACAAAUUGUUUUUGAACGCAUAAAGGGGCUUACCUUUAGUCUGUCUAGUUGACCUUUUAAUUUCCACAUAAAAAUGUCUUAACAAGUAUAUAUGUGAUCAGAUUGUUCGAAAUGUAUUGCGUAAUUAUAUCACAUAAUUCUGAUAACCUUCGUUUUCUCAUUGGAUUAUCGAAGCUUACAUGUUCGUUUGGCUGUCAACUGAAUUAUGAUAUUACCAGUCUGUUUCUAUACCGCUUAUAUCCAAUCACUCCGUAUUAUUUUAAUCGACAUUGGUUUUUAUGAGAACGAAUUAGCAUAUCCACAUCUUCAGUAAGCUAUGUUAGCAAGUGAAGUUGGUGUGUUGAGUCUACCUCAAACAUGCAUCUGUGGCGAUCGGUAUUUGGUGUAAUUCUUAAAUUCAUGUCCACUCCUGAACUGCUAACAUUCAAUUGGUGACCACUCAAUAUUUGUCUCACUCCGUGUUAAUAUUGCCUCGGAAGCGUUACUCGUAGAUUACUUAUAUGCUGCUUUAAACAUAUUGUUGUGACUUUGCUUCGUUAAUCAAUCAUAUCGAUAACCGUUAUAAUAUAAAUUUCAACGGUGUUUGAAAUCAAAAGGCAAUGAGAAGCAGCAACUACAGUUCAUUAGCGGAUAGCGCAGGUCACAAAGCUAUAAGGGCAUCAAACGAAUUUGAAGUAGAGGCGAACAUGUAUUUGCGAGCAGUUACAUAGGCAAAUUUCUAGUCGAAUCACAUAAGGACACAGCAAAGUAAAGCAAAAAGCUAAUAAUAGGAUUUGAAUACAUAUAUACAUUGGGACCUUGGGUUUGUUGCUUUUAAUCUUACCGCUCUUCAACCGACCUGUAUGGCAUGGUAGGACCUUGAGGAACGAUUGUUCCAGCCAGUAUAGCUCGAUUGAUAGCUGCUACCUUGACGCGGUGGUCGGGCUUGCCUAUCGUGAUGAUACAACCGAGCUAUAUUGGCUGGAACAUAUUGUAAAACGGUAAGACUAAAAGCAGCUACUCAACUCAAGGUCUGAGGGCGAAGUCGUACUGCUGACUGUAGAAGAGUGUGGCAGCAGUAAGGUGUUUUCUUCGGACAACCAGCAUCUGCAGCAAUGCUGCCUUCUCACAAGGAAGGACGAGGUUAGAAAAGGUCGACCCUAAAAAUGUCACACCUCACCUUACCUCACGGAUUUGCGUCUC